AUGGCAACGCAAGGCACUGCAAGUCCACAAAGUGUAGGCUCAGAUACUGCUGAAUAUGAUCCAAGGACAGAUCCAAAAAGGAAGGCUAAGUCUAGUGAUCCUGGGUGGAAGUAUGGCUUCUGGCCAGAAAUUGGCAACAGAGAUCUGGUUGAGUGUAGCCUUUGUGGAGGGAGAGUAAAUUCUGGAAUCAAGAGAUUGAAGGAGCAUCUGGUAGGUGGAUAUGGAGAUGCUGUCAAAUGUCCUAAGACAACAACAGCAAUUGCUGCUGAAAUGGAAGCAUCACUAGUUAAGGGAAGAAGAAAGAGAGCACUAAACCUAGAUGAUGACGAUGAUGGUGUUCAAGUGGUGGAAGUGGUACCAACUGAGAACCAGGUUCAAAACAAUGCUAAUGCUUCGUCUCCGUCAUCUGGUACUAGUGUGGUGCAGCAUCCAAGUUCAGGGACAGCAUCCAAAAAGAAGCAAUCUGCUCUCAAAUUUGCAUCUCUACCACCUAGACCCAAAGAGAAGAAGAUAGUGAUUACCAUGCUUCGGAAAAAACCUGAAGAAGUGGUUGAGGAAAGGCAUUUUAAGAAUGGACCUGCACAAAGCAGUGUGGAGGGAAGAAUCAGGACCAAGGAAGAAAGAGAUGAAGUCAACAUGCAUGUGGCCAAUUUCUUCUAUGAGUGUGGAAUACCAUUCAAUGCUAUCAACUCAAGGAGCUUUGAGAUUAUGUGUGAGGCCAUUGGACAGUAUGGACCUGGAUAUAAACCUCCUAGCUUCCAUGAGGUGAGGGUGCCAUGGCUUGGAAAGGCUGUCGAACAGACCAACAAGCUAAAGGAGAAGCAUGAGGCUGCUUGGAAGCAAUAUGGCUGCACACUCAUGUCAGAUGGGUGGACAGAUAAGCGGGGCCUGUUGCCCAGGUAA